CCAGCGUUCAACCUUUGACGACGCUCUUUUCGAUGCAGUUGUGCAAAAGAACUUACCCAUAGCUGCCCGAAUGAUUGGCAAGAGCGCUGAUGUGAAUGUUGUCGCAAAACGUGGGGGAAAAUAUGGUACUGGAUGGUGGGGUUAUCCAUCUGCUCUUCAAGUAACGUGUGGUGUGGGAUCAACCGAUUCGUUUGAAUUGCUUGUAAGAAAACAAGCCAAUGUGAAGUAUCAAGAGAAGUUGAGGGGAUAUACAGCUCUACACUAUGCAAGUAAUGGUGGUCAUGUGUCUAUUAUGAAGAGAUUAAUAUCAGUUGGUUGCAACCAACAAGUCAAAAACCAUUAUGGAGAGACAGCUUUACACGUUGCUGAUGAUGUUGAGGUUAUUGAUUAUCUGUUGAACAUUGGUCUCAACACUGAAGAUCAUGAUAAGGGUGGCUACACACCAUUUCUCAGAGCAUGCCUUAAAUGUCGUUUACCUGUAGUACAAUGUCUCAUUCAAUCAAUGUGCAACAAAGCAGCAACAACUAAUUUUGGAGAGACAGCUCUACACAUUGCUGGUAAUGUUGAGGUAGUUGAUUAUCUACUGAGCGUUGGCCUCAACAUUGAAGGUCAUGAUGAGUGGGGCAACACACCAUUUCUCACAGCAUGUCGUGAUGGUCGUUUACCUGUAGUACAACGUCUCAUUCAAUCAAAGUGCAACAAAGCAGCAACAACUAAUGAUGGAUCAACAGCAUUACAUCUGAUCUGUUCAAAGUAUGAUCUUACGAAUGACCAUUUAUCAAUUGUGAGGCUGUUGACAUCAUUGAGAGUUGAUGUAUCAGCUAAGAGCGAUGAAGGACAAACGCCAUUACAAGCUGCAAAAGAACAGUUGUACUCAGAUGAUGAUGAUAGUUCAACUGCAGAAAUUCGUUCUCAUAUUAUUUCUCACCUAAGGGGAUUGAAUGAGAAUAGUUUUGUUGCAGCUGGGAAUUCACCAUCAAGCAUCACAGAUAGUACAACUGCAGUUGCUGACAAUGAUCAUCCAAGUUGUACAAGCUCAACAACAGUAGCAGCUGCUGAUCAUUACUUCACACCAUUUACGGGAAGAAUGAGGACCACUACACCAGUACUACGAUCUCCAACAGAAGCGGUGAGAAUGAUAGAUCAGCAGUUGAUACAACAGCAGAUUCAACAGAUAGAGCAAGUGACACAAGACGGUUUAGCAAAAGAUAGGCAAAUUGAUGAUUUGAGACGACAAAAUGAUGCUUUGAGAGAGCAAAUCACACGUCUACAGAUGGCACUGAGAGAUGAGUAACUGCUGAAAGAAGAUGCAGUUGGUGAAGAGAAAAGGAAGAAAGUGGAUCUACGACGACGAUUAAAACGAGAGCGAAAAGAAAUACGCAACGUUUGGAAGGAUCUUGAUGAAGCUCGACAACAAAUUGAG